GAGAAAAAAAAGUGCGGCACGUGCGAGGCCUCUCAACUCAUCUCAGUUCAAUAUCAACAAUUGCAAUUUGCAAAUGAAGCGGUUUUGUGAUUACGCCCUAAGAGAUAUUCAGCGCCGCCCUUCCAUUUCCGUCGUUUCCAGAGGGAGAUCCAACGUUGGAGACAUUGGGAGCCGCCUUAGUUCAACUGCAACAUCUUAAUCGGACCCCAAUCAUGUGGAGAAGGCUAUCUGUUCACCUUCGGACUCUCGCGCCGGCUCGAUCCGGCCACAACACCGCCCGAUGCGCCGAUACAUCGUUGACCGCUCCGAAGAACGCCGUACGUGCUUUUUCUGCCUUCUCUCGGAGUUUCUCUACUGAAUCUGGGAAUACGACUGCUAAAAGAGUUGAAGAUAUAAUGCCGAUUGCGACUGGCCAUGAGCGUGAAGAGCUCGAAGCUGAACUCCAGGGAAAGAACAUUUUGGAAAUCAACUACCCGUCUGGUCCUUUUGGAACGAAGGAAGAACCUGCUGUGGUAAAGUCCUAUUAUGACAAAAGAAUUGUUGGAUGCCCUGGUGGUGAAGGAGAGGAUGAGCAUGAUGUUGUUUGGUUCUGGCUAGAGAAGGGCAAGCCACAUGAGUGCCCUGUGUGCUCGCAGUACUUUGUGUUGGAAGUAGUUGGGCCAGGAGGAUCGCCAGAUGGACACGAUGAUGCUGAGGAUGGUCAUCAUCAUUAAAUUUAAGGAUGAUGAUACAAAGGUAUGUCAAAUUUUACUUGCAGAAUAAGAUGAGGAACACACUAUGUUAUAUUAUUCUUGUUCAGUAUUGAAAAGCUCUUCUAUUGCGGGUUUAGGUUGCUUUGGCAACAGUUUAAAAUCAUGUUGUUUGCCUACCCUACCCUACCAACCUACCUGUUGCUGUUCUUUUUUUUUUUUUUUUUUUUUCUGGAUUUUGGAUUUUAGAAAGCAUGGUGGUGAGUCAUCUUCAAUUCCUCUUCCACCCCUAUUGGAAAUUGGAUUUUCAACCCCCUUCCGUCUCCUGAGGUUUUCAAUAAUUGAUUGAUGAUAGAUAAACAUUUUGUUUCA